AUGACCAAAAUUUCAGCGACGGCCCGUCGUCGAAAUCACAAUGGUUUUAUAAUCUUUAUUAUUAAGUUAAUAAAGUUCGUCCACAAUACUUUCUUCCAUCAUCAGCAGAACUUUAGUUCUAAUUACGAUGAUUUCGAGAAUGGAAUCGAGAGAGAUAUACAUGGGUCAAUAAUAGAAACGAUUCCUCAUCAAGAUUUGAACGAUGCGCAAGAUUCGAUCCAACUUACCAAACCGAAAAAAAGGCAAAACGAGAUACUAGAAAAGCUUAGUGGGUUGAAGGCCGAGGAUCCAAUACCGACGAAUAGGAAUUGGUAG